UGUACUGCUGUUCGUAUUCGUUCUUCUGCUUGGAUAUUGGACGCUGAAGCCUCAGCUUCACUGGAUGCGAAAGAAUGUAACCCAGGGAUUCCCGAAGCCCAUUGUGGGCGACAGUCUUCGGACCAUGUUCGGUAUGGAAUCAUUCAUGGACAUGGUAAUAAGGCUAUACAACCGAUUCCCAGAUGAAAGCUACACAGGCGUAUACAUGUUAUCAUCGCCGACGUUGCUUUUGAGGGACCCAGACUUGAUCAAGCAGAUUUUAAUUAAAGAUUUCGACCAUUUCGUCAAUCAUAAACCAUUUUAUCCACACGACCACGACCCCUUAUGGAACGAAAACCUAUUCGCACUCAGAGAUGAUAAAUGGCGAGAGAUGAGGACCGUGCUCAGCCCUGCGUUCACGGGGCACAAGAUGCGAUUGAUGUUCGAACUAGUGGACGAUUGCGCGUCGCAAUUCGUCGAGUUUUUCGGAAGAAAGAUUGGCAAGGAUGGCGAAGUGCUCGUGGUAGAGCUGAAGGACUCGUUCUCCAGAUACGCAAAUGAUGUGAUCGCAACGUGCGCGUUCGGCAUUAAAGUUGAUUCGCUUCAAGAAACCAACAACGAGUUCUAUCAGAUGGGGAAGAAAGCUACCGACUUCAAUAGUUUCUGGAAGACGGUGAAGGUUAUGGCUUGUUCGAACGCACCAGCGCUUGGAAGGCUUUUCAGAUUCAAGGUGUUUUCCAAGGAGGUUUCUGAAUUCUUCACGAAUUUGAUCGUGCGGACUAUUGAUAUAAGAUUGCAACAUAACAUCGUCAGACCAGAUAUGCUGAAUCUCCUAAUCGAAGCUAGGAGAAAUAAGAAAGCAGCGGCGGCGGAGAACGGGGAUGAGGAAAGGAUGCUUUCCGAUUUGGAUAUAACGGCGCAAGGGAUGCUUUUUUUCUUCGCUGGCUUUGAAACUGUCUCGACACUGAUGUGCUUCAUGGCAUACGAAUUGGCCCUGAAUCCGAUAAUUCAGGAUAAGCUAAAGAAAGAAGUUGAUGUAACCGCCGAGGAAUGCAAUGGGAAUCUUACAUACGAGAGGCUUUCGGCUAUGAAGUACAUGCAUAUGGUUGUGUCAGAAACCUUGAGGAAAUGGCCUUCGGGCAUUGUCACGGACAGGGUUUGCGUGAAGCCGUACACAAUCCCAUCAACAAGAAGCAACGAAAGUGCGGUGCAUCUGAAGGUGGGAGAUCACGUUUGGCUGCCAAUAGCCGGCUUAAACUACGACGAGAAGUACUUCCCUGACCCGAAAGUCUUCAGUCCAGAACGUUUCAGCGAGGAAAAUAGGCACGAUAUCGAUCCCUCCACCUACUGUCCUUUCGGCUUAGGCCCCAGAAACUGCAUCGGCUCGCGCUUCGCUCUCAUGGAAGUCAAAACACUUUUCUUCCACAUCCUCCACAAAUUCGAGUUUACUGUAGUAAAUAAAACCGUCAUCCCCAUUGAGAUCAGCAAAACGCAGUUCAAUUUGAACGCUUCAAGCGGCUAUUGGUUAGGAUUAAAACCAAGAACAUGACAGU